AUGAUAGCCCCACUUCACUCUGUCUGUCUUCCUAAUGGAUGGUAAUGGAAGAUAGCAAAUGAUCUGGGUUACAAACAUUCCACUGUGGUAUUGUGGUAUGUACAUUUUUAUAAAUUUUAUAAAUUCAUGUGUGUACUGUCAGCAGAUGUGACGUUAUAAGCACUGGUUGAGGGAAGAUAUCCAGGUGUUUGAUAAGUGGCUUGGCUUGACUCUCUAUGGAUGUGAUACCACAAUUGAAUGGAUUUUCCAUGCAUUAUGCCAUCACAGAUUUGCAGUUGGGCUUCCUGAGUGGCGAGUAUUGAUCGGUGUGGAGUGUGAUUCACAGUGUGGGUGUGUGCAUGAUGAUGGGAGGUGCUCGUGCCCAAGCUCAGAGGGGUUCGCUGUUGCAGAUGCUACGGAUUAUACUGUUGGACAUUUAACAAGCACACACAGAUGACAACUCCUUUAAAGCUUCCUGUGAAUGAUCAGGAUGGUGUUGAGCUUGAGAAAAUAGGGGACCAUGUGUCUGAUGAGAUGGACAGUCCAUCCGGAAAGAUGACAGGCAAGUUGGUCGGUGGGUUAUGCAGGCUGAGCACCAUCUCAGAGCAAGAGCCAGACAAGCUGGACACUGAUUCCAUUUCCUAUUAUCCCCUGGGUGGCAGUGAACUGGGUGGAUCCAGCAUCUCCAUGUGUUCUGACAAGUUUAAGAACAGCAGCAGCCGUUUUUCCUCUGAUGAUUCAUGCCAGCCUGGCACUGGAGACGACUGUGCGUCACUUCUUCUCGCCUGUCUGCAUUGUCAUUACCAUGAGUUAAUGGUCCUGCUAUCGGAUAUGUGUGAGAGGGCUGUGAACCACUGUUUUCCCUCGUUCAAAUACAUCAAGGCGUCCAGUGAGAGAGACCAGCAGGGGAUGGACUGCUGCAAUUACACGCUGGAACUGGACUGUGACUGCUGUGGCUCCUGUCAGGACACAGGAGAACUCAUAGAGCUGGCCAUGGAGAUAUCAGAGGUGUGCUAUCGCUGAGAAAUUUAUUUGCGGCCUUUCACCUCUGACCUGCACACACACAAACACUGUAAAUUGUAAAAACUUGAAUGCUCAACAAACAGUUAGACUGUCUCAUAUUAUUCCCAUAGCCUAUAGUAUGUAAUAAACUGCUUGCAGUACUAAGGGUUUUUUAUAUUGGCCUCUUGUGGAAAUCCACAUAAUCUGUAGCUUGUGUGCCUCAACAUGAGCUUUGAAACAGUGUAGAGUUGGUUGUUAUAAUAAAAGAAGAAAACAGCUAUCAGAGUAUAUAUGUCAGCCUCCUCGAUUAGUUUUAUAAAACACACUCGUCCCACCAAGCAAAGUAAUCAACGUCAACAUGCUGUCCCAUAAGGGUGGAAGAGGGGACAGAAGUCCUUUGCAAUUCUGGUGUCACUCCAUAAAGCAUGCCAGAGUAGGCUGAAGACGUUUUAGGUGACCGGGAAUCCUGGAGCGUGUUUUCAAAUAAUUAUCUAUCAGAAUUCAUUGAUAACAACUCGAGCCAUUCACAAUCUGGUCCAAGUGAAAGGAACAUGAAACUGAGCAGUCCCAGUAAGAGAAAGUUAUGAGAUGCUAAAAUGUAGGUUGAAAAUAGAUUGUUAUCAUGCAUUGAAUUCGGCUGUUACACAAAUUAAAUAACUUAUAUAGCAGCAUAAUGUCACGCCUCCUUAAUUUUAUCUAUUUAAAAAAAAAUGUGUUUAUCUAUAAUUUGUUCUGGUUCAUUGGUGACAUUGUAUGUUCGCUAUACACACUCCUUGGUUAUUCAUCCAUUAGUAUUCUCCACUGACUGGUGGAUGUGAAAUACCUUUCUAUUUUGGGCUGCGGUCACUCACGUGUGAAACAUGCACAGCAGGGGUGGAAGAACUCAGACUAGAAUUAUGUUACUGUAUUGUAGAUGGUACUUCCCCAAGUAGACAGACUUUUGUUAGUGAAUUUUAGCUCAGACAUCUGAUAACUGACUGUUAAAAAGUCUAAGCUCUGUUAUUGACAAGCAAAAACACAAACAAUAAACAGAAAUAAGAAGAGGUCUAAUGUGAAUUUGGUCCUGUCUUCUAUUGAAUAUUGAUUAAUUAGUAUCUUGUGCACACGAGAUAAUAACUUGUGACAAGAUAAUAAUGUGUACACAAGCUAUUAUACAAGUUCAUACAAGUUUCAAGUCUCCUGAAGGUGCUUUUCAUAUUGUACUGAAAUGCCGUCAGUUCUUGGCAGCAAAGGCUAAAUGCAGCUAAAUGCAUUAGCAUAUUUCUAAGAACUUAUUUUCAAUUUCAGCUUGUUUGUUCAAUUACUAUGUAAACUAGCACUGGCUUGUUGUUUAGUAGCAGUGAGCAUCAGCAUUUGCAUGUUGUGACAAAAACACUUAUUUGCUAAAGAUCAAUUGAGCUAGCUCUUCUCCGGCUACAACUUUUUAAAGAUAGACCCGAUGUCUCACAACGACCUAAAUUUAGACUGCUACACGUUGAAGCAUUAUUCCUUCACAGCCACAUCCUUUCAACCUGCAUGCUGGCGCAAACCAGAGUUGAAACUCAGCUCCCCACAAAACCCCAAACCUUUUGUUGUUUUUUUUCUAGCCUCUGUCUAUUUGUUCAGGUUGUUAAGGCAUGUUAUGGUAAAAAAAAUGAAAGUCUCUCAAGUCAAAAAUGUGUUUUGCUUAUUGUUACUACUCUUGGAUGUUUGCCCUUUACUCUGCAGUAUGAAGUAUGUGCAGAGUUUAACUCUGCUGAAGGGGAAGAUAUACAUACAUUACAUGCAUACAUUUAUCCAAAGCAACUUACAAUUGCUAUAUAUGUCAGAGGUCACAUGCCUCUGGAGCAACUAGGGGUUAAGUGUCUUGCUCAGGGACACAAUGGUGUCUCACAGUGGAUUCGAACCUGGGUCUCUCACAUCACCACCAAAUCCAAAGUAUCUCUGUGCUCACCAUAAAUCUGAGAUUAAGAAGUGUUUGUACUAGCAUGAUCGUUUGACAUCACAACUACUUUGCAAGCCAAUUGUGGUUUAAUAUACAAAUUACACAAAUGAGAUGUUGAAACUUCCAUUGCACAAUGACUGAGAAUUUACUUUCAGUGAAGUCAGAGCCAUCUUGUGUUUACAAAUGAUUUUUCAAUGAGGGUGAAGGAGCAGAAGUAAUUUUAAGAAUUUUUAAGGUAAUUGAACAUUUUUGCCACAAAAAAGACACAAACUAUUAAUCAAGUCAUUGUAUUUAUUAUUUUUUUUUUUACAUGUAUUAAAACAUGUC